CAUUCGGUCUCCACAAAAACAAAUGAAUUAUCGGGAAACGUAUAGAAAAUAAUAUGUUUUAAAUGUCAGGAAGAAACUUGACUUAAAUUUGAAUUAAAUGUUGCAUCGUAAAUUGCGUGACAAAUGGGGCAAGAUAGCGACGUUGGCAACCGGCGAACAAACGAAAGCGAAAGCAAAAGGAAAGCGAAAACGUCAUUCGUGCGUUGACUUUGAAAUUGUUUGGUUCUGUGUAAAAAGGGAGUUUUCUGCGGAAAAGCUCGGAAAAAUGCUGCCCCAAGAUAGAAAAGUUCUGAGGCAACAUACACGCCAGAACCAAAAUCCGAAUCCUACGGCGGCUCAGCGGCGCUUGCGGCUCAACAACAACUACCACCACUCCAAGAUGAGCAGCAACUCGAAGGCGGAUCCCAUCUCUCUCAGCUUCCACGACUCCUGUCUUCGGAUGUCCGAUGUGCAGCUCCUCCACGGACCUCACUGGCUGAACGACCAGAUCCUGAGCUUCUAUUACGAGUACCUGUCCCACGUAAAGUACAAGACCAAUGGUGACCUGCACUUUAUCGCGCCAGAGGUGACGCAAUGCAUGAAGUAUAUGGACGACCAGGAGCUGGAACAGCUUCUGGGCCAGAGCAACGCGUCCAACAAGCCGUUCAUCUUCUUCGCCUUAAACGACAACGAAAGCACUGAAGCCGGUGGUACCCAUUGGUCGCUGUUGGUGUUCUCGCGGCCAGAGAAAACCUUCUAUCACUUCGAUUCCUAUGGCAACAACAACACGGGCAACUCGAUGGAGCUGAUGAACAAAAUCAAGGAGCUGUUGGGUGUUCGACAGGCCAAGUUCCGGCCAAUGCGAUGUCUCCAGCAGGCGAAUGGUUACGACUGCGGGAUCCAUGUGAUAUGCAUGACGGAUCACAUAGCUGAUUAUCUGAACCGGUACGAGGUGAUCGAGGGACUGCCCUCCCUGCACAUCGACACCGUGAAGGCCAAACGGACGGAGCUCCUCAAGCUGAUCCUCUCGCUGGGCGGCAAGGGUUAGAUAGCAGAUAAUAAGCAGUAGUUUUAAGCCACCAAAUUACAAACGUUAAUGUAUAACUUUAGUCCAGGAGAGACAGGAAUCAUGUGAAUAUGAUAUCAUUGAUAUUGCUAAUUUUAAUUUGUUUAGAUUUCGUUGCCGAAUAAAAUUGUUUAUUUGGA